AUGGCGCUUCCCUUGCCUGUUCCUAGCUACAAUUCAAACACUCGGCCCAUCAUGGACAGCCGAUCGCCAUUCUCGUCGAGCCAUCUAGCAUCGCUUUCACCAUUUUCUUGCCCAUCGACCCGCAUGUCGCCUCAGUACGGAAACAGCUGUACGCUCACCAUUCUCAAAGCUGAUGCGGACCAUCCCAUCAAUGCACAUGACCCUAUCCACAAAAAGCCAGAUCCGUCCUCAGCUCUCACCUCUUCAACCAAGUCGACGCGCUUUGCCCCUUCCUUUUCCAGCUCACACUCUGUGUCUCAGCCAUUAUCGUCUGGUUUCGACUCUAGUGUCCAUGUUCACGCCGUCUCGGACCACGGCAUCUUGCUCCCCUUUCUCGAUCGACCCAGCGAGGUCAAGGAGCUGCUCUUUGAUACGAAACCCAAUCAGUCGCUCAUGUACAGGCUCUGCAGUGUAUUUGGAGGCGAUCCGAACCAACCCACUCGUCGCGGCAAGGACGAGCGGUGGGACGAGAUGCUCGAGCUCCUCACCGAACUCGAUCGUCCUUUGCUCGACGACGAGGACUGGCUCAUCCGCCUCGAGUCGCUCGUUAUGGAACGCUCCCCUUCUCUGUGGGCACAGCUCGCUCGCUGCUUGGGCGCAGAAGGCCUCACCUUGCAUCCAGCUAUUCAGCACGGCUCUUCGCGCUUCGAUAGCUGGGCACUGCCUUCACGCUACCUCGAUGCCGACCACCACAACGACAGUCCUCUCUCGCCGCCCUCGGACGCUUCUAGUGACGAUGGCCACGACGAGCAGAUCAACCACUCGCUCUCUGUCAACGUAGAGCCGUUACACACGCUGCCUCAAUCCUACUCGGAACAGCCUGCUGCCAAGAUGCAGAAGUCGUCCUUGCGCGAAUCGGCCUCACCUGCAGCUCCAUCCCCAUCGUCGCUUCCUGAGCACGCCGUCGGUCAUGCUUCUGGCGCUAACACCGAUUGGGCCUCACCGAGUGAAGGAUCUGUCACGUCAGCUGCUGAUGAUGCCUGCGUCAAGACCAACUUGCUCGAAGACAUUAUCGAGGAACCUCAGUCGUCGACGCACGUAGCACCAAAUACCCCAAGCAGGAGACGUUCAACUUCUGGCAAAUUUGCAGGGCUGCGCAUCUCGGCCCUCAGCUCGUCGAGCCCUCCCGCGUCUCGACGUAACUCGAGCGUCUCUAGAGACGCUUCCGGCUCGCCCCUGCCUACCGGUGCCAUGUCUCCUGCCGGUCUAGCUCCUCCCAGUCCGGAUGCUGCGCCAUUGCGUGACACUUCGACUUGUUUCGCCAAGCACCGAAGGCUCAGCACAAUCAUGGUGCACAACAACCCCAGCCAACAGCUUCAGCCUCAAGCCUUGCCACUCGACAAGGCCCCUUCUCUGCAGACGUCACCUUUGCGACGUCAGCGUGGUGUCAGCGAGGCUUUGCACAUUAUCCAGGGCCCUCAGGCGUGGAACCCGCAGCCGCGUCGUCGCACCCAAAGCUUUGCACGUUCCUUUGCCGAGCUCACGUCUCCUACUCAACAGCUCGAACAGCUGCGAGCUGAGCACGCCAGAAGCGAUGCUGACCGACUGGCUGAACACACUCGGCGUAUCAGCCUCCAGGACAGCCACAGUACAUCGGCCGCUUCCGCGCCAGCCUUUGCAACCGGUACAACCGAUACAGCCGGGGCUCUCGGCUUGCACGCAAGUGCCGACAGCCCAGACUCGCUCGACCUGAGCGCACGCAAGACGUCAAGGGCUCGCGCUGGUCGCAAACGCGUUGGUAGCGUGGACAGUCGUGGCGCUGCGAGUAGCACAGGCUCUGCAUCGCUCCUAAUCCCCGGCCUUUUGCCGGAUGGUCGAACGCGACAUCCCUCGGGCAGUUGCGGCUCGCGUGAUCUGUCAGAGUCGAUUGCAGCUUUUCGCAAAACCAUGGGACUGUCCGUCUCGCCGUCGCCCAGCGAGCGCGAUGAUUCUGAACGCGGCGACACUAAGUCGGACGCUGACAAGCCGACCGAGUUGUUGACACGCAAGCGGAAGGGUUCUGGCACUGUCGAGUUACCCAAGCCUACUUCGAGAACCACCAACACGCUCGAGGCCAAAAUCUCUCGCAAGGGCUCGCCGCCCGCCUGCACUACCGAUGAACACCACCAUGCUCAGUUUCAAAAGCCCAAACACAUUCAGGAGCUUGAGAACCGCAGCCAAGCGAGCAGCAGCUCUGGCAGUGGGCUAGCCCUCGGAGGUGGCUUUUCGCUUGCCAAGUGUGGAGCCAACUUUCGACGACAGAGCCACGAUGCAACGAGCUCGCAGAGCGGCUGGCGUUGCAGCUUUAGCCGACGUGAUGCUACGCGCACCCGAGGCGUUGAGCACUAUUCGCUGCGCUCGCCUCCGGCUGUGCAACGUCGACCUGGAGGGUUUGUCUCGCUAGCGCAAGAGUACGAACGUGCCAGACAAGGACGAUGCUCGAGCGAGGUGGCGUUUUCGAUCCAUAGCAAUGCGGUGGCAAGUUCGCCUUCGAGCAGCAUCACCAGCUUUGACGUUGGUGCAAGCCAUGCUUAUCGUGCAAGCUCGGACGAGUGCAUGCCGCGGGUCGAAACGUCGCUGGCCGAAGACAAGGCUUGCAACCAGACCAAAGCCAAGCAGGCUACUAGCGUGGACGUGGUGAAAGGCGACCCGACACCCAAAGCUGGUCCAGGAGGUGGUAUGACACCGAGAGCUUCGUUUGGCGCGUGUUCACGUCCUGAGGGUCAUCCAUUUCCGAAGCUGCUGAACCGCAUGACAGCGUCUGCUGCGGACGACGAGGGUAGCGACGAGGUGAGCGUUGCUAAACGCAAUUGCUCACUCGGUCCAGCGACGCCACUGAGCCCGCUCGAAUCGUGUCGUACGCGUCUAAGUCCUUCACCCAGUGCCACGUCGAGCAGCACGCAGUCCAGCCCGCGCUCGCCUAGCAUUGUGUUCCCGAUCUCGCCCAACGCGUCCAUCUCUCGAGCGGCUGAGUUCAGGAAAGCUCUUGACACGCCCGCAUGCCAAGCCGCGUUUAGGCGCAUCCAUGCCACGUGCGGCGCAUCCACCGCCUCAUCGAUCCGCGAAUUGGUCACCACCUCGGAACGCAGCCAGAUGCACGACGAGCACUUGCUAGAACAAGUGGCGCAUCAGAUCGGCCUUGUCGAUCACCAGCACGCUCAACAGGUCGGAGGCAAACAAGCGCAAGAUGCCGACAUGGUGCUGGCCGAACCAGGGUACGAGGAGAGAUGGCAAACGUUUGUCGAUCUGUGCAAAAGCUUGGGUGUUGGCCAGUACGAGCUGGGCUUGGCCAAGAGACGCUGUGGCCCUGCCAUUGAUACCUGUCGUUGA